AUGGCAAGGAUUUUGGCAGAUAUAAUUUUUUUCGUUCUGUGGACCGUCACGUUUGUUGUUUGUUCCAAAAAGAGUCAAGAACCGAAACAAGAAGAAAAGAAACCGAAUACAACGUCGACCUCUCCUAGUAUAACAACUUCAGUGGAUUCUGUUGAAAAAACUUGCUCAAAGCAAACGACUGUUUCGAAGACAGUCUCAGUACAAAAUGAAAUCGAAAAAGAAAUAAAAGAUACUACUAACUCUCAAGAACUUAAAGAAAAAGAUUGUCCAAAGUUAAAGAUCGAGGUGAAGAAGAGCAAACAACUGGUUUUACAACCACAACCGACUAAAGAUUCAGAAGAGAAAAAGACUAUUCCGAAGAUCGUGGAAAAAAAAGAACAGAAAGAGUCUAAAACAAUUAAGAAAAUGUCGCUUGAAAAGAUAGCUGGUAGAGAAGAGGAUGUGAGAUGUGAUAAAGAAGUUUCGCAGAAGGCCGAAGAAUCGGAGCGCAUUUUACAUUUUUCGAAGAAGAAAGGACCGGAAAAAAAUGAAGAUAAAUCAGAGUUACAGUUAGAACCAACUCCAUUAUCUUGGAAUAAUGAAGCAUAG